CCAAAACCCAAAACCCUCGGCUGCCAUGGCUGAAUCUCCUAUACCAGAAAUUCCGAUUAUUCCCGAACGCCGGAAAAGAAAGUACACCGACGACGGCGACGAGGCAGUACUGUCGGGGCACCUAAAACGCAUCGUUUUAUCACUAAGCAAGCCGUCGACUCUGCUCGGCAUCGGCGCCACAAAACCUAGGUCGGUGCACCGCGCCAAGCUCGAAAAGCUUCUCCGGAAGCUCGUGAUUCACCACAACUGGGUCGACGCCAGCGGCGUCCUCAGCGUGUUGCUCGGCGGCGGAGCCAGCGACAGGUCGCCGGCGAACAACCGCUUCAUGUAUUGGGUUUUGCUGGAAAUGGUGGAGCGGUUGUCUGAGAUGGAAAAGGAGGAGCGUUUGCCUGGUAAUUACUCCAAGGAGGUGUGGAUUAAGAAAGUGUUUGAAGCUUGGGAGAAGAAGAAUGGUAAGAUGAAGGCAGAGUUAGAAGAGUACAGACAUGCUGUUGAACUUGAGCGCAUCUCGCUCUCUCUUGCAAAAGGAAAUCUUAUGGAGGCUGAAGCCGGUGCUUUCGGUCUCAUGCAACCAAAUGGUUUUCGAAAUGACCCUCUUCGAAAUAUGAUUGUCGGAUUGACAUUCCAGAAAUUGUGGUAUUCCAAGCUCCCAAAAGAGAUGCAGUGGAGGGAGGCUGACCAGUUUUACACUAGGGAAUCAAAUGAACUAGUUGCAGGCUCAGAGGGGCAUGGUUCUAUUAACAGUAACGAGGCUGGUAGCGCCAUUCAUUGUGAUUCAGACACCUCUGUCAUGAAUGAUAAAGUAGAGAAUGUACCACCUAUUGUUGCUGUUGAUGCUGACAGUGGCUUACAUAGAGAGAUCUCUGUGGAGGUUGAUGACAUGGAAGUAGAAAUUUCUCCACCGAAAUUUGAGACCCAAAAUUUCUAUGCGGACUCUGCUGAAAAUUCGGAAGAUGAAGCUGCUUUAUCUGAUCAUGGUGGUCAAAUGCAGUAUGCUCCCAUUUUCUCUGAACUUGAGGGGUUGGAGUCACUGUUACUGCCCAUACGAUUGCCAGAGUCUCUCGAUAAUCAUGAAGAUAAGAAUAUUUUUAAUGACUAUUACAAGGAUGCAGUGAAGUACUUACGACAUGCUCUUCACUCUUCACCCCCGGUAUUGGUAGCCUUACAUCCUUUGAUACAGCUGUUGCUGAUUGGAGGUCAAGUUAAAGAGGCCCUAGAUGAGAUUGAAUAUUGUUGUAAUUUUUCAAACACAGCGCUGCCUACUCGAUUAAGGUCUAGUCUUCUGCAGCAAUUUGAUUCUAAUAACAAACCUGUGCUUUCCACUUGUCUGGAGGAAAACUUAAGGAAGGAUCCUACAUGUUGCGAUUCAUUGGAAAAGCUUGUUCUGUUGCAUCAAAAUGAUAAUUAUAGUCCUGAGUCCCUGCUUGAAAUGAUAGCUUUGCAUUUAGAUGCCACCAAUGCUGAAUACAACAUAUGGAGAGAGUAUGCUAUGUGUUUCCUGAAGCUUUCUCAGUAUGAAGAGGACAGGAUGUCAGUGUGUCUGAAUGGAAAUGAAGGUGGACAUAAACCACGGUACUCUGUUUCUUUCAAUAAGACCCCGAAAAUAUUUAUAAAGGGACAAUCUGGAAAGAAUUGGAAAUUGCGCUGUAGAUGGUGGUCUACGCGGCAUUUCAGCCAUGAUAUUCUUGCAUCAGAGAUUGCAGCAGGUGAUUUGGAGCUCUUAACUUACAAAGCAGCGAGUGCAGUGCAUAUGUAUGGAUCAGAGUUCUAUUACGUUGUGGAUGCUCUUUGCUGCUUAGAGAAAGAAAGUGAGAGGGACUUGCUCUGUUUUUUGCAAAUGCACAUUCGAAAUUCUGUUCGAAUUUAUUCAAAUUCUCGACAGAGAACUAAUUGAGUUUGUGCAAACAAAGCUUGAUGAUAUUGUUGAAAGUUUUGUUUCCCACAUUUCAAACGAUCAAAAUUGAGUCAA